CAGGAAGGCAGCUUCUUAACAGCAACAGUGACAAGAAACUCGACGACUUCAUCGACAAUGAAAUACUUGUCAGCGGCAUCCAUGUUAUACUCAGUCAUCAUCAUCGUCAGCGUCUUCUCCGCUAUUAUUCCAGCAGAACCGUGGCGCGGUCUAACAAACCCAGUGCACAGCCGGAAGAGGAUUACGAGCGGAAGUGUUGUCGAGACUUCACAUGGGCUGGUGUCUUUCGCGACAGCAUACGGUCCACCGGUACUUUGUAGCGGAACACUGAUUUCUCCACAGUGGGUUGUUACAACUGCUUCCUGCAUGACAAGCAUUGGUUUGCCAUCAGGGUAUUUGAGAGUUAGAAUCGUACAAGAAUAUGUUGGUGUUUCCAACAUAUAUUUGCACCCAGAUUAUGAUGUCACCUACCCUUACAAAAACGACAUCGCCUUAGUCAAGCUCAAAGAGAAGUCGGAUCCCUUCUCUGCCAUACCCAUGCGUACUGCCGAUCCGAUCACCAUGGAUACAUUUGUGAAGAGAGGCUUCUGUAUGUUCACGGCAUUUAAGACGAGUCUUUAUCUAGGUUCAUUGGAGAUUGAGAAAACGUACUGCCGUGCAGAUUUCAUUGGACGUCGAAAUUGCAGCGAAAUGUUGAACGAAUACGCACAGCUGGAUGAGAACGCGAUCUGUGUUGAAAAUCGAUGCAUGGAUCAGGAUUCUGACCUGUGGAGCCGAGACGAAAAAGAGUAUCUUCAUGGCAGUCCCCUGACUUGUGGGUACAAUGACACCAUCUACCUCGCUGGAAUCCUCUCCCAUAUGCAUUAUAAAAACCAAAGCCCACUCGUCUUCACGCGUAUCAAUGACGAGGGUAUUGGUAGGACGAAGACCAUGGCCAUGGAAUGGUUUGCUUGAAGAAUUUUAACAGUUUGGAACAAUCUCAGUUUUGGAUAUUCUACAAGAGAUUCGUUGAUAUCUUUGGGAUUCAAGUCACAUUACGGCUAACAACAUCACGAGGUUAAACUGUUUUAAAACUUGUUGAUAUAUUAUAAAAACAGGACAGUCGUGGGAAUACUUGAUCUGAGUUAACUGAGAGACUUCCAAUUGGAAACAAACCUAAACGUUCCUGAAUGCGUUGAAACUUAUAUCAUAUCGCUAGAUAUAUUAAAACGAUGCUCAUUGGCAA